GUUCCGUCGGAUAUUUUCGUGCUUCCGGAUACGGUACCAAUGUCGGUUUUGUCGUAUGCUCACGGCUCGAGGACGAGCAGCAGUCAUCGAGUCAGCUUUAUUGAGUAGGUAGAUCUAGAUGUACGUAGCACCAUGCUCGUUCCGAAGCAACACGCUGUCGCGACACUGAAGUAUUUUCAGUCUUAAUCGUGCAACAAAGACUUCGCUCAUCGUCGGUACAGCAAGACUCAGAAAAAUCGUCCAUCAACCGUGACAACAUUCGAUCGUUCCGCACUAAUCUGUCGUACCACAGCAACAACGCAGACAUCCCUGGCUGCAACGGAGCGACGUUAUUGUGAAUUUUCUCUAUUGUUUUUGUCAUUAAACAUGCUUGCUAUUCUACUGACUUUGAAGAGCAUCCACCUCGUGUUUAUUCAACUCACCAGCUGCAGUUCUCAACCACAAGUGGGUUGCGCCUUACCAAGGCUUCUAUUCCGUACGUCCAGCUUUGAACUGAUUUUGUGUUGUCCCCCUACACUACAAGCAUACGUCUUUCCGUUUUCCCCCACCUACCUGACGGCUCUUCCCAAAGAAACCUAAAACUCUCUUCUUUCAACGUAGCACAUUUUCCUCCACCCUCACCACCAAACAAGAUGCCCAUCCUCGUUUCCGAACCGCUUCUCCAGCCCUGGACGCUGCGCAAACCCCGCCCGCAGGAUACAGUCGAGGAAAGGAGACGCAAAAUCGAUGCCGAUCGGUCCACCUACACCACCCGUUACAUGGACAGCAGCAGCAAUACCCCCACCGCUGCGAAGUAUUCCUGCCGAACGAGAACCAACUUCGGCGUCCCACCCGGCCUAGCGGAGGAGAAAUAUUUCAUCAAGCGAAAGAAAUCCUACGCCGACCGCCGGUCCUGGGCGGGAUUCCCGGGGGACAACGUCUUCAACGGGAAAUCUUGUCGGGUCUGGACGGAGCAGGGGGUGAAAGAGUGGGUGACGUCCGCGAUGCUCAGGCGGGGCUUGAUUGAAACAGGAAAUCAAAAAACCGAAGAAGAAAAUAGUCCAGCCGAUUCGGAUAGUAAAAAUCCAGAUUCGAUUGAAAAAGAAUUGGAAAAGCAACUUCAAAAACAAAAGUCCGCCCUUUACGACUUGUCCAAUUUCCAACCUGUCCCUGGGCAGACACUCGAAAAUUGGAAGCUGCACGACUUCGAGCAAAACAUCCCCGGUGGGGGCGAAACCUUACCGAGAGAAAUCGCGGAAUCACUUUUCAACGAGUUGAAAUGCAAGGAGAUUGAAUACCAGGCAAACGCCGCGUUCGACGACAGCAUUGUGCGAGGGGUAAACUUCACUCUCAAAGCCUUCCCGAAGUUCAAGAUCCGGGAGAAAUUCCCCUUACCAGAAAACAAGCAGAAAGUCCCCGGGCCUGGCCACUACCGCCAGCCGACGACGUUGGGUAUUGGGAAGAGCGGAAAAGGGCAUCCGCUGUGGAAACAGGACGGCAGGCCGGUGUUCGGGAUCGACGUGAGAUUUCCGACAUUUGAUUCUGCUGGACCUGGGCCGGGGAAGUACCCCGCGAUUGCGUUGGCAAAAGAUCCGACGCUGGAAUGGACGCCGAAAUGGUCACUGGGGGUGAAAAAUAGUUACGGGGGCGCGUUUUGAUGAGGAUAGUAGACCUCAAAUUUUGUCAACAUUUUCCGUGGUGGUCGACAUCUUUAUGCCAUUUAGGUAAAUCCUUGUUUUCUGCCCCUGUCUCCGUCUGGAAUCAGAAUAGCCCUGCUGUUUUCAUCUAGAAGUAGUUCAAAACUACCUCAGAUGAACGAAUAAAAAAUCCGUACCCCGGUUGUACUCGCCAAUUCGGUGAAAGACGCAAUCACAUCCAUGACGAGUAGAGCGGAACAUCAGGCAUGUUUGUAGUAUCAUCAGCAAUCAUAAAUCCAUAGUAGUAGUACCCACCACCAAAAACUUUCUCGCGCUACGUCACUCACCAACCGAACACACACAAACACCCACCAUUCAUCACGUUCCAAAUCAUACAUGACAAUCACUAUAUUUUUUUGUCGAGAGGAUAUAGUUGCACACAUAAAAACGACGCCACUGCAUCGAGCUUCAUCUGCUGGCUUCACGUCGUGGCAUUGCAGAGUUGCUGUUCAUUUUUUUGUCGGACAUGUGGUGAAGUACACCGAGGUUAUUUCCCAGAUUGGCAGGAGUCGC